ACGAAGUAUAAAUAUACACAUUUGUUUAUGUGUGCAUUUCUGGUAUUCUUUCUGACGUGGCCUCCCUAUUACCACCAUUGUUAACUAAUCAUACACACUUGCCUUUGUUGGCCAUUGUGUUGUUCACCGGCCACCGGUAGUCAACAACAUAUCAGAGCACCGGAAUGGAGCUCCAUCUCAUCUCUACUCCGUUAUUCCCCAAGUCCAAGAGCAGCUUUUUAGUCGAAUUCCCGUCCAUCUCGACAAAAUCCUUUGGGAAUCUACUCCGCAGGACCAACAGAAGGCUGAAAAUAUCGUCAUCUUCGUCGUCGAUGACGUUGGAUCAACCUGGCGGGAAGAUGGUGGUUGAGCUGGUUGGCGCUUUCACGGAGUUGACGGAGAGAAUGAUGAGCCCCAGCACGAGCUCCUCGCGUUUGCUGUUCAAGGCACUCAAGCUCUCUAUCCCCAUCCUCCACACCCUUCCACUUCUUCCCGACGGCCGCUCCCCUCUCUCUAAGGCCCUCUCCCUCGCCCUAUUUCUCGCCGAUCUUCAGAUGGACGCAGAGGUCAUAUCCGCCGGACUACUGAGGGAAGCCGUGGAAGGAGGUGGAGUUUCCAUGCGCCAGGUCCGGGACCGCGUGGGCCCCUCCACUGCCCACCUCCUCCACGAGAGCAUGCGCCUGAGAACCAUCUCUUCCAGGGUUGAGCUCCUAGACGACGACACUUCGUCCGCCCUCCGAAGAUUCUGCAUCACCUAUUACGACUCGCGGGCCAUCAUCCUCCACCUCGCCCUAAAGCUCGACUCUAUGCGCCACCUGGACCACCGGCCGAGGUACGAGCAGCAAACCCUCUCCCUGGAAGUCAUGAAGAUACACGCUCCCCUGGCCCAUGCGCUCGGGGCACGACUCCUCUCCCUUGAGCUCGAAGACCUAUCAUUCCACUACUUAUUCCCUUACUCGUAUCUCUACGUGGACGCAUGGCUGAGGUCCAGAUGGGAGACCACAACCGAAGGCAAGCCCCUGUUAGACGUGUACAAGGAGCAGCUGCUUCGGGUCCUGACAUCUGACUUAAUUUUAAAGGAGAUGGUUGGGGAUAUCUCGGUCGAAGGUCGGUAUAAGAGCCGAUAUAGUACCAUGAAGAAGCUGUUGAGAGACGGGCGUGCGCCCAAUGAGGUGAACGACAUCUUGGGGCUGAGAGUGGUGUUGAGCCCUGGGCCGAGUGGUAAUUUGCUGUCUAUAGGGGAAAAGGCGUGCUACAGGGCUCGUGAGGUGGUUAGAUCGUUGUGGAGGGAGGUGGUGGAAAGGUCGAAAGACUAUAUCGUGAAGCCCAAGGCUAAUGGGUACAAGAGUUUGCAUAUGGCUGUUGAUGUCAGUGAAAAUGGCAGGACGAGGCCAUUGAUGGAGAUUCAGAUACGGACAGCGGAGAUGGAUAUGCUGGCGGCUGGCGGGACCGCUUCGCAUGCGCUGUACAAAGGCGGUCUCACCAAUCCAGAAGAGGCAAAGCGGCUCAAAGCUAUCAUGAUGGCUGCAGCUGAACUAGCGGCAUCACGCCUGAAAGAUUUUCCAUCCACUAACCACAUGGGUCUAGAAAGUAAUCACAGGAAUCGAGUGUUCCGGUUGCUGGACAAGAAUGGAGAUGGUAAGAUCAGCAUUGAGGAACUUAUGGAAGUGAUGGAGGAGCUUGGUGCUAAGGGGGAGGAUGCUCAGGAGAUGAUGCGAGUUCUUGAUUCAAAUAGUGAUGGUUCUCUGAGCUCAGAUGAAUUUGAUUCAUUCCAGAAGCAGGUUGAAUUCAUGCGAAAUCUAGAAUACAGAGACAUUCAAUGCAAGGCUCUAUUGAAUGAUAAGCUUGAAGUGGAAGAUGGCAGUGGAAAGAUUCAAGUUUAUACAGAAAAUAACUUGGAGACAGGCUUCCAUUAAAUUUGUUGGUAUACUAUCAGGUGAAGAUUUGGUAAGCAAUAGGAUGAUUUUGAUUCAGUUGUGGAGGUAUUAUCAUUGGAGCUCAAUUUGUUGCCCAUAUCUUCAGAGCCCAUGAAUUCCAUGGAAUCAUGUAGUCUGUAUUGUGGUUUGUACACUGUGAAUAGAUUAUCUGCAUACCACACUCAGCGGUUAACUUGAGAAAUGUAUAUUUUCCUAUCAUUCCUUGACAGCCGCGUGUUCUUCUAAUAAAGACUGCAUAGGUGUAAAGUGUGUUUUUAAGUUGAAACUAAGGAAAAGUAAUAGUGGAAGAAGAAAAAGUUCUGUAAUAUCCGUCCUAUUGCUGAAUAAAGCAAAAGGGCAUUAUGAGCUUAAUUUUAGAUCCAUUGUAUUAUAUAAUUUGCUUUAGUUACUUUCAUCUUGUAACUCAUAUUUCCCUUAUUUCUUGCGACUGGAUAUAUUCGUUUUCUUUACGAGAAUAUCGAUAUUUUCUUCAUUGCAAAAGUUCUGUUUGACCUUCAACCAUUGAUGUAGUUUCUUUUAUUGAUCUGGGGUGGCAACAUCCUUGCUACAAAUAUCCUUGUGAACAACACAAC